AUGAAUGAUGUGAAACUUGCUGUCUUGGGUGGUGAAGGAACAGGCAAAUCUGCUCUUACAGUGAGGUUUCUUACUAAGCGAUUCAUUGGAGAAUAUGCUUCUAAUUUUGAAUCUAUCUAUAACAAGCACUUGUGUUUGGAAAGGAAACAACUAAAUCUGGAAAUAUAUGACCCUUGUUCUCAAACACAGAAAGCAAAAUUCUCCCUCACAAGUGAGCUUCACUGGGCAGAUGGGUUUGUUAUUGUGUAUGACAUCAGCGAUAGGUCUUCGUUUGCUUUCGCGAAAGCACUGAUCUACAGAAUCCGGGAGCCACAGACUAGUCAUUGUAAAAGAGCUGUGGAAUCAGCAAUGUUUUUGGUUGGCAACAAACGAGAUCUUUGUCAUAUGCGAGAGGUUGGCUGGGAAGAAGGGCAAAAGCUGGCACUGGAUAACCGAUGCCAAUUCUGUGAACUGUCUGCAGCAGAGCAGUCUCUGGAGGUGGAAAUGAUGUUUAUCAGAAUUAUCAAGGACAUCCUGAUAAACUUCAAACUCAAAGAAAAGAGACGACCCAGUGGAUCUAAAUCAAUGGCCAAAUUGAUCAAUAAUGUAUUUGGAAAGAGAAGGAAAUCUGUUUAG